AUGGCCCAACACACUGAACAAAACCAACCUCCCCCCCAUCUUGCAUUGGCCGGCAGAACCGGGUCGUGCACAUUGACUGCAUGUGCAAUCAUGCAAUCACAAAUCAGGGUGGUCGGUGAUGCAGUUUUGGGGCCAAUUGAUGGCCAAGUGGAAAUGACAGUGUCCCAAGGAAGCUGCCAGGAGCUACUUGUCGUGCAGCCACCUUACCUGCCACUUGCUAUUGUCUCGUCCAUUGCAGCCCAACCAGCGGUGAGUGCGUCGCGACAAGAAACUGGAGACAAAGAAAGCAAAGAAAAGGACAGACACGACACUGACUCGCACAUGUCAUUGGAAGUAGCAAAGUCCAACAAAGCCCAGCGAGCGAAGAUGGAAGGCGCCAGGCAGCUAGCUGAAGAAAGCCGAUAA